CUGGACUCCCGCUGGAGCAGGAAGCCGUGGUGCCUGCUCAGGAACCCAGCAGCAGCCCGCACGGCAGCCGGAGCUGGCGCUGGCCUCUCGGGCUGUGUGGCCCAGGGCCUGUGGUGGGGUCCCACCGUCUCAGGGACCAUCUUGCAGGUGGCCGGCCCUAGCUGGUCAUCCAGGCCCGUCCCACCUCCUGCCAGCCGCCCCCACAGCCCAGAGCCCUCUGUCCCUCCACGAUGGCGCCCUCGCCAGAGGACCCAGGCCCCGACCUGGAGAGCAGACGGCCUUUCCUGAGCAUCAACAUUCUGCCUGUGGUGGAGCGCUGCAUGAGCGCCAUGCAGGCGGGGACACAGAUGGUGAAGCUCCGAGGCAGCUCCAAGGGCCUGGUCCGCUUCUACUUCCUGGACGAGCAUCGCUCCUGCAUCCGCUGGCGGCCCUCCCGCAAGAAUGAAAAGGCCAAGAUCUCCAUCGACUCCAUCCACGAGGUGAGUGAGGGGCGCCAGUCCGAGAUAUUCCAGCGCUACCCGGAGGGCAGCUUCGACCCCAACUGCUGCUUCAGCAUCUACCACGGCAGCCACCGCGAGUCGCUGGACCUGGUCUCGCCCAGUGGGGACGAGGCACGCACCUGGGUCAUGGGCCUGCGCUACCUCAUGGCCGGCAUCAGCGACGAGGACAGCCUGGCCCGCCGCCAGCGCACCCGCGACCAGUGGCUGAAGCAGACGUUUGACGAGGCCGACAAGAACGGCGACGGCAGCCUGAGCAUCACUGAGGUCCUGCAGCUGCUGCACAAGCUGAACGUGAACUUGCCCCGGCAGCGGGUGAAGCAGAUGUUCAAGGAAGCGGACACGGAUGACCACCAGGGGACACUGGGCUUCGAGGAGUUCUGUGCCUUCUACAAAAUGAUGUCCACCCGCCGGGACCUCUACCUGCUCAUGCUGACCUACAGCGGCCACAAGGACCACCUGGACGCUGCAGACCUGCAGCGCUUCCUGGAGGGGGAGCAGAAGAUGACAGGCGUGACUCUGGAGACCUGCCAAGACAUCAUUGAGCAGUUUGAGCCCUGCCCAGAGAACAAGAGUAAGGGGGCCAUGGGCAUUGAUGGCUUCACCAACUACACCCGGAGCCCCGCCGGUGACAUCUUCAACCCGGAACACCACCGCGUGCACCAGGACAUGACGCGGCCGCUGAGCCACUACUUCAUCACCUCGUCCCACAACACCUACCUCGUAGGGGACCAGCUCAUGUCCCAGUCCAGGGUGGACAUGUACGCCUGGGUCCUGCAGGCCGGCUGCCGCUGCGUGGAGGUGGACUGCUGGGACGGGGCGGAUGGGGAGCCAGUCGUGCACCACGGCUACACCCUGACCUCCAAGAUCCUCUUCAAAGACGUCAUCGAGGCCAUCAACAAGCACGCCUUCGCCAGGAACGAGUACCCAGUGAUUCUGUCCAUUGAGAACCACUGCAGUGUUGUCCAGCAAAAGAAGAUGGCCCAGUAUCUGACCGACAUCCUUGGGGACAAGCUAGACUUAUCAUCAGUGAGCAGUGAGGAUGCCACCCAACUGCCCUCUCCGCACAUGCUCAAGGGCAAGAUCCUGGUGAAGGGCAAGAAACUCCCAGCCAACAUCAGCGAGGACGCCGAGGAGGGCGAGGUGUCAGAUGAGGACAGCGCCGAUGAGAUUGAGGAGGACUGCAAGCUCCUCAAUGGGGAUGCCUCCACCAAUCGGAAACGCGUGGAAAACAUUGCCAAGAAGAAACUGGAUUCCCUGAUGAAGGAGUCAAAGAUCCGGGACUGCGAGGACCCGAGUGACAUCCCUGUGUCCCCGCUGCCCCCGCCGGGGCACAAGGCAGAGGCCAGAAAGGGCGAGGAGGACGUGGCAUCCGGGGAGGACGCCGGGCCAAGCAGACGGAACAGCCGGCUCCGCGUGAGCAGCUUCUCCAAGCACAAGAAAAAGAGCAGCAAGCUAAAGAAGGCGGCCAGCGUGGAGGAGGGGGACGAGGACCUGGACUCCCAAGGCAGCCAGAGCCGAGGGGCCGCUCGGCAAAAGAAGACGGUGAAGCUGUCCCGGGCCCUCUCGGACCUGGUGAAGUACACCAAGUCUGUGGGCAUCCAUGACGUGGAGACAGAGGUGGCAUCCAGCUGGCAGGUGUCGUCCUUCAGCGAGACCAAGGCCCAGCAGAUCCUGCAGCAGAAGCCGAUGCAGUACCUGCGCUUCAACCAGCACCAGCUCUCACGCAUCUACCCCUCCUCCUACCGCGUGGACUCCAGCAACUACGACCCGCAGCCCUUCUGGAACGCCGGCUGCCAGAUGGUCGCCCUGAACUACCAGUCGGAGGGGCGGAUGCUGCAGCUGAACCGGGCCAAGUUCAGUGCCAACGGCAGCUGUGGCUACGUGCUCAAGCCCCAGUGCAUGUGCCAGGGCAUCUUCAACCCCCACUCUGAGGACCCCCUGCCGGGGCAGCUCAAGAAGCAGCUGGUGUUGCGGGUCAUCAGCGGGCAGCAGCUCCCCAAGCCGCGGGACUCGGUGCUGGGCGACCGAGGGGAGAUCAUUGACCCCUUCGUGGAGGUGGAGGUCAUUGGACUCCCCGUGGACUGCGACAAGGGGCAAACCCGCGUGGUGGACGACAAUGGAUUCAACCCCAUGUGGGAGGAGACGCUGGUGUUCACGGUACACAUGCCCGAGAUAGCGCUGGUGCGCUUCCUCGUCUGGGACCAUGACCCCAUUGGGCGUGAUUUCAUCGGCCAAAGGACGCUGGCCUUCAGCAGCAUGAUGCCAGGCUAUCGGCACGUGUACCUGGAGGGAAUGGAAGAGGCCUCCAUCUUUGUCCACGUCGCCAUCAGUGACAUCAGUGGUAAGGUCAAACAGGCUCUGGGCCUAAAAGGUCUGUUCCUCCGAGGCCCAAAGCCCGGCUCCCUGGACAGUCAUGCUGCUGGGCGGCCCCCGCCCCGGCCCUCCGUUAGCCAGCGGCUCCUGCGGCGCACGGCCAGCGCCCCAACCAAGAGCCAGAAGCCGGGCCACAAGGCCUUCCCAGAGCUGGUCCUGGGCACGCAGGACGUGGGCUCUGAGGGGGAGGCUGGCGACAUGGCACCCUCCAGCCCAGGCCCUGCUCUGGAGGUCCCGGCCCCGGAGAAGCCGGGCAGCUGCAGCCCCCGAGACACCCGCCCCUUCUCCACGCAGAGGUCCGUCUCCUCCCUGUGCAGCCUGGAAACCAUUGCUGAGGAGCCAGCCCUGGGCCCCAGUGCCCCCCUGCCCGUAGCUGCCCACCCCCAACACUCUCCCAGAGGGCCCCAGUGCUCCGCAGGUCCCGGCGCCAACUCAGCAAGCCCCCCAAGGGUGGCUCUGGGAGCUUCUGGCCCCCCCCAGCUCAGGACCAGGAGCCAAGGGGACACCGAGCCAGCCCCCGAAAGCUGGCAGUGGGCGGGUGGCAGCGGAGGCCCCAGCAGCCAGACCGACGGCAGGGGCCAUCCUCGGGCUCCGGGCCCUCUGCCCAGAAGGGCCAAGAGUGAGGGGCAGGGGUCCUCAGAGCCCCCGAGUGGGUGGUGGCUCCUGGCCGGGCCCUGCCCCGCCAUGUACUUAGAUGCCACAGGUGGCGACCGGCUGUGGCAACGGCUGGAGCCGGGCAGCCACCGUGGCAGUGUGUCCUCGUCCUCUAGCGUGUCGUCUGGUGACACAGUCAUCGAUCUCUCCCUGCCGGGCCUGGGCCUGGGCCGCGAGAGCCUCCCAGGGGCUGCGGCAGGCUGUCUGCCCCUGCGGCCCUGCUUGGCCCCUGCCGCCUGCCUGGACCUGCCCGCUGUGACCAAGAGCAAAUCCAACCCCAACCUGCGGGCGGCGGGCCAGCUGCCUGCGGCACCGGAAAAGAUGCAGCCCCGCCCCCUGGCCCCUCGGCAGCUGCGGGGCCGCCUCCCGCUGGCGGGCCUCGGGGAUUGCACCGUGACGGCCAAGUCCAAGAGCCUUGGGGACUUGACGGCUGAUGACUUUGCCCCACGUGUGGAGCCCCUUGGCCACAGCCUGGGCCACAGCCUGGGUCUGGCCGGAGAGAGGCCGGCAGGGCAGGGGGUGCGGCCGGACGCCCUGACGGAGCAGCUGCGCUGGCUCACAGGCUUCCAGCAGGCAGGGGACAUCACAUCGCCUACCAGCCUGGGCCUGGCCAGGGAGGGGGUCGCGGGGGGCCUGGGCUUCCUGCGGCGCUCCUCCUCCCGCAGCCAGAGCCGGGUGCGAGCCAUCGCCAGCCGAGCCCGCCAGGCCCAGGAGCGGCAGCAGCGGCUGCAGGGCCCGAGGGGACCCCCGGAGGAGGAGCGGGGUACCCCUGAGGGCGCCUGCUCCGUGGGCCAAGAGGGCUAUGGGGAUGCGCUGGCUCCCGCCAAGGGCACCACUGACCAGCCAGGUGCUGCCCCCACCAGCCUCCCGCUCACACUCUGACCAGCCGCCCUCGAGGCGGCCCCGCGGCUGGACGCUGCUGCUGUCCCGAGCAGGCCCCGAGGCCGUCUGGGUGCGGCUGUGCCUCCUCCUGGGGAGGGAGAGAGCCUAGGACAUGUUCAGAUCUGUGUACACACAGAGAGAAGUUUAAAUUUUGAGACCGAUCUCUUACCCCACGAACAUGGUGCCGUGUCCCUUUCCACCAUCACCGGGUUUGGCUGCGUGGGUGUGCGUGGGCGCGUGUGCUUGGUCCUGCCAUUCAAGGCCCCCAGGAAUGCUUGUCACGUGCCCAGAGUGACCCAGAGAGCCGCCACCCCCACCUCGAGUCCUGGCUUGUUCUGCACAAACGCUGCUCUGUACAGGAUGUUUCAGACUCUGUAAACCCCUGAACGCAACUCCAAUAAACAUGUUCACGCCUGCUCCGUGUGGGCUGCCGGCCGGUC